AUAUGAUCUUCCAAGAAGCCGACGCUCUAACCUCCAUUCUCAAAGUCAAUAAAAGAAGCUUCAUUAAUUCAAACCAUCUCUGUAUAUCAAUAUAUAUAUAUAUAUAUAUAUAUAAACCUUCUCUUCCUAAGCAAAAAAUUUUUUUAGAUUCAUCUACAAAAAGGGAAAGAAAAAGGAGAAAUAGAGAUUUCACUCCAAAAAUUCAUCAAUGGCAGAAAAUCAGAGAAUCCAUCCAGUGCAUGAUGUAGAGGCACCACCACCGCCAUCGUCAUCGCCGAGGCCUUCACCGGAAGCUCCAUUGGUACCCCGAGGAGCUUCGAGAUCCGAUAAAGGCGAUCCGGCCGCCACAGCCGAUAUCUACCAACCUCGUCCAGGGCGAACAUUUCCGGUGACGCACUCCAAACCACCAAAGAAGAAGCGAAGCUGCCUAUGCAAGUGCAUGUGCUGGACUUUGUUGAUCAUCUUCCUCAUCAUUGUCGUCAUCGGUGCCACCAUCGGUAUCCUCUGGCUUAUCUUCCAACCGAAAUUACCAAAAUACUCCAUCGACAAGCUAGAAAUCACGCAGUUCAACCUCAGCAACGAUCAGAGCUUGUCGGCGACGUUCGACGUGACGAUCAUGGCGAGAAACCCUAACGAGAAGAUAGGAAUAUACUACGAAGGAGGAAGCCACAUAACGGUGUCGUACAACGGGACGCAGCUGACGGAAGGAGCUCUGCCGAAGUUCUACCAGGGCCACGAGAACACCACGCAGAUAGUCGUCGGAUUGGCCGGGCAAACCCAGAACGCGACGGGCCUUUUGUCUUCGCUCCAACAGGAACAGCAGCAGACUGGACAUGUCCCUCUGAAACUUAGGGUUAAUCAGCCUGUGAAGAUCAAGCUUGGACAGUUGAAGCUUCCAAAGUUGAAGUUUAGGGUCAAGUGCACAUUGAAGGUCAAUGCUGUUUCUGCAAACGAUGUGAUUAGCAUUCAAGAUAGCAGCUGUAGUUUCAAGUUGAGGUUAUAAAUCAUUCACUAUCAUACAUAAAUAUUAGGAUUUUAUAUUAUAUACUCUAUAUAUGCGCUAUAUAAUAUAUAUUUUUGCUGUAUUGAUUUUAUUUUUUUAAAUCUUUUUGGAUCCUUUUUUUUUUUUUUUUUCCACUUUUUUAAUGAUCAUCUAGCUAUUCUUUACAUGUAUAGCUAGUGGACUUUAAUCCCCACAUGGGUGCUAUAUCUAUGGCUUUGUAUUAUUAUUAUUUUUUUUCAAUUUUGGAUUAAUUUUUACAUUUUUUAUAUAAUUUAUUGUCAUUUUAUCUA